AUGAGGGACGAGCACGACCUCGAAAGUAGUCCCUAUCAUCAUGUCUUCGCCAGCGAUGGCGUCCAUCUUACCAUCUCCGCGACCAUCUUCGUCGUCUCUUGCGGCUCAAAGAAGUCUCGCAUCGCGAACAUUGGCACCUUCGUCAAGUUCAGCCUCAACACUCAAAUCGACUCCUACAAAGCCCUCCACGGCACGGCUCGCUCCAUCCGCACCUUCCUCAGUUCAAAUAUCGUCAAGAAAGAGGUCAGCGCCGCCCCCCUCGUUCAACCGUCUAAAGAAUGGGUUCUACCUGCGCGAGCCAAACCCGGUCGCAAACCUUCCGAAACGGAACCACUUACCAAACGCAAGGCCCAGAAUCGUGCCUCUCAGCGAGCAUUUCGCGAGCGCAAGCAAUCCUACCUUGCGGACCUGGAAGCAAAGAUCGCAGCAUACGAAGCUGCAGAGAUCGAUCGCACCGUCGAGAUUCAGAAAGUGGCCCAGAAGUUGCGCGCCGAGAACGACUCUUUGCGUAAAGAAGUCUCGGCGUGGAAGGACAAGUUUGCCCAGAUCGAGCGCUACCUCAUUCAAGCAAAGGCCAACGGUGGAAGGUUGCCUGGUCUAACGCCGAGCGUCAAGUCAGGUCCAGGAUGCAAAGCUCCAGCACACGAAAGGUCUGCUGCUACGCCCAAAAAAGGCGUCCUUGUCGCACCAGGCACGAAGACGGACCGCGACCGUGAGAGAAGCGCCGGCGGCGUCAGGUUCGCUGACGCAGCAAAAGGCAAGGCUGCAGUUCAAGUCGGCUCUUCAGCCCAGGAACAGCCAGCCUUGUCUGUGCCUCUUCCACGAAAAUUGGUCGCCUCUCCAUCUGAUAACACUCUCACUCAUGGGCCUAGUAUGGCGGCGCAAGUCUCGACCUCUGCUACAGCUGUAGAUGCUGAGAUGAAGCAGUCCGACGUUCAGACGGCUGCCCCGCGAAAAGGUCCUAAGCCGCCCCUCUGGACUUUUGAAUCAACAAAGCUGCCUUCGCCUGACUCCGCAUCAAUGGUCGCUCCCGCUGCCCCUUCUGACAACGCUACGACGUCGUCUCUACAGUCACCGUCCCUCAUGCCCCAUGGAGGUCACUUGUCCGUCGAAGGCGGUUGCGGUUUUUGCACCGAGGCUUCUCCUUGUGUAUGCGCUGACGACUUCCUCGACCUCUCCAAGCCAGCCGCUCCAUCCCAUAUUGCCGUCGUCAGCGAUGUUCCGUCUGCCGUUCCUCUUCCCAAACGCAGCUCGGCAUCCGGAGCCACAGAGACCUCGAGAAGGAUGAGCAUUGGAUCGCUCACCCACGCUAAGGAUGUCGCUCUCGAUCAGCGCAGGCGCACACCCAACUCACCAGCUCACAAGAAGCUAUGGUACACCGUUUCUCAGCCCAAGUCUCCUCCCGAGACUGCAGCGGCUGCUGCAGUGCCGCUGUCGUUGAAGGCAUCGUCAAGGGCCAAGACGGGCAAGAAACUCUGGUCUGUCACCCAGGCGCCGGUCGAGCCUGUUUGUACGGGUGACCCUAGCACUUGCGGUGCUUGCUCCACCGAUCCGGGCCUUGCGGCAUUCUGCGAAGCCGUCACUUCCGCCGCGGAAACACCGGCUACCUCUACUUCACCCGCAGCGUCCACACUCGCACCAUCACGUCCAGGCAUGUUGCGCGCCGGCACUUCCAGUCAACUGCUGGCUCCCUUCCCUUCUCGUGGUGAGACUAUUCCAUCUGCUUGGCGUCAGAUUCGCGCUCAUCCACGCUUCUCCCAGUGGCAAGGUGGUCUCGACCUUCUCGCCGAAGUGGUCAGCAAGCGUAGCGGCAACGUCCACUCUCCGCUUCUCUCCAACAAGAGAACUCGGGAGGCGUCCGUCGAGAUCGAAUCUUCUCGCUCCACUACGACGUCAGCUACCAGCAACGAUCGUGCUACUUCCAAGCCAAUUUUGCAUCACACCGCCUCAAACACAACAAUUCACUCCACCACGCGUAUCAAGAUCGAAGAGGAGGAGGAGGAUGAAUUAAAAGCGAGGGAGCAGAAGAGGAGGAGGAUUCUUAUUGACAGGGAGGCGGUGCAGGAGGCGCUGGCUCUGCUGGAUGCGGGGACGGCGGCGCAGCCGAGAGCGGGAGUGGUGUCGGGAAACAACGCAGCAGGAGGGAGAUGGAUCCCAAGAAAACAUUUGGCUGGAGUCUGCUUCAUUGAUGUUCGGGAACGACGUCGUAGGAAGAAGGUUGUUCGGAACACCAACCCCCGACCGACCGCUGAUGUGAAGCAGAUCCGAGAUCGAUUCCGGCGACUCUAUCCCUGGCCGCGUCUGCACAAGCUUUUGCCUACUGUCAUUAAUCUGGUUGCGACGUCGCAGGGACCAUCUUAG